AUGAAGGCUCUCAUUCUCGUCGGCGGUUUCGGUACCCGUCUGCGUCCUCUCACUCUCACUCUCCCCAAACCGCUGGUCGAGUUUGCCAACAAGCCCAUGAUUGAGCACCAGGUCGCUGCUCUCGCUGCCGCCGGUGUCACCAACAUUGUCCUCGCCGUCAACUACCGCCCCGAGAUCAUGACUGCUGCCCUCGCAAAGUACGAGCAACAAUACAACGUCAAGAUCGAUUUCUCCGUCGAGACCGAGCCCCUGGGCACUGCUGGUCCCCUGAAGCUUGCUGAGAAGAUUCUCGGCAAGGACGACUCUCCCUUCUUCGUUCUCAACUCAGACGUCAUCUGCGACUACCCUUUCAAGCAAUUGGCCGACUUCCACAAGGCCCACGGCGACGAGGGUACCAUCAUUGUCACAAAGGUCGAGGAGCCCUCAAAGUACGGUGUCGUUGUCCACAAGCCCAACCACGCCUCGCGCAUCGACCGCUUCGUCGAGAAGCCCAUCGAGUUUGUCGGUAACCGCAUCAACGCCGGUAUCUACAUCCUGAACCCCAGCGUACUCCAGCGCAUCGAGCUCCGCCCCACCUCGAUCGAGCAAGAGACUUUCCCUUCCAUGACCAAGGAUGGACAACUCCACUCGUUCGAUCUCGAGGGCUUCUGGAUGGAUGUCGGUCAGCCCAAGGAUUUCCUUUCGGGAACUUGCCUGUACCUUUCCUCCCUCACCAAGAAGGGCAGCAAGGAGCUCACAUCCACCUCCGAGUCCUACGUUCACGGCGGAAACGUCUUGAUCGACCCCUCAGCAAAGAUUGGAAACAACUGCAAGAUCGGUCCCAACGUCGUCAUCGGCCCCAACUGUGUCAUUGGUGACGGUGUCAGACUACAACGCUGUGUUCUUCUCUCAAACUCAAAGGUCAAGGAGCACGCCUGGAUCAAGAGCACAAUCGUUGGCUGGAACAGCGUCGUCGGCCGCUGGGCUCGUCUUGAGAACAUCUGUGUUCUCGGUGAUGACGUGACUGUUGGCGACGAGAUCUACGUCAACGGUGGAAGUGUCCUUCCCCACAAGACCAUCAAGGCCAACGUCGACACUCCCUCGAUCAUCAUGUAA